CUUAAAGAAUAUGUUGAGGCCCAUCCAGAGUUGAAGGAAAGAACAAUUCAAGAAGGUGAUGCUUUUGCUGCUGUUUGUGGAGAGAAAGAGCCAAGAGGACGUGUCCGAGUUUUGGGUCUAGGACCAACUCCCCAAGAUAUUGGUACCCCAGGCUUGAGAAGUUACACACCCACAAGACUCCAAAUGGAAGUCCUAGCCCGCAAAAAGGCUGAACGUGAGAAAGCUGCUCUAGAACAACGCAUAGCAGAAAUGGAGGAGAAAAUGCAGGAGCAAAGGAUGGCUCUUGAAAUGAGAGAUGUGGAAAUCAUCUCGCAUGAUGGUUCUAAUACACGACACCAUCCGGACACGAGGUCUGGACAACAUAUUGAUCAAACACAUAAUAUUGCUCAGUUUCAUGAAGAUGAAGCUUAUGUGGAGGAUGAAAUCUCUGAUGAGGGUGAAAACUUGCUUGGCAGCAAUCAUGUUAGUGUUACCCCUGCAGUACAUCCAUCUAAAGGCAACCCUAUCAAUGGUACCCCAACAAUGUAGCCCUCUAGCAAGACGACCAAUACAACCCCAGUAGUGCAGCUAUCUCAAGGCAACCCUACUAAUGUGUCCCUAGCAGUGCAGCCCUGUCAAGGCAACACUAGAGCUAUCCCAGCAAGUCUGCCUCUUCACACUGAACUUGUAAUUUUUUCAUCCAUCCUUCAAAGUUUCUAAUUCUCAUUUGCUAGUGGUUCUGUACAUUAAUUAUAUUCUUAUAAUUUCAUUUUUUGCUUCAGAUUGGAAAGGAUGUGAUCUUAUAUGCCAUAUUGAGAGAUCAUCCUGUGGCUAAGGGAACAAUUAUUUCAACUAAUCCAAGCUCAGUGCUAGGAGGAGUUGCUCUAGG